AUACACAUGUACCAACUUCAAAAGCAAUCCUUGACUUCCAUUUCUGGGCAUAACAUCUCUUCUGCUCUCUUUCUCUCUUUUAGAAAAUAAUAUGGCCAUUGUAAAGAAAUUCUGUUUUUUAGCUUUGUUUCUUGUUUUGCUACCUACAAUCGCUUUAGGGGAUAAUCGCUCGACUCCUAUCCUUGAUGCAAUAUGCAAUGAAGUGGAAUGUGGGAAAGGAACAUGCAAAGGAGACAUCUUGAAGCCAUUAGGCUAUGUCUGCGAGUGUGAGUCUGGUUGGGCUAGAAGUCCAGAUGCUGAUGUUAAUGACACUCUCCAGUUCCUCCCUUGUGUCUAUCCAAAGUGUACUCUCAAUUACGACGGUUGCCAGCCAGCUCCACCGACACCUCCAGAGAAAACAGUUCCCUUGAACUCAUCAUUCUAUGAUCCUUGCUAUUGGAUGUUCUGUGGAGAAGGUACUUGCACAAAGAAUUCAACAUAUAACCACUUGUGUACAUGCAAGUCAGGAUUCUCAAACCUUCUUGAUGUCCCUUACUUCCCUUGCUACAGCCCAUGUACAAUUGGUUCUGAUUGUGCCAGCCUUGGGAUUAAAGUUUCAAAUUCAGAGUCAUCACCAGGUACCAAUCCAGCAAGCUCAAUUCUGCCAGGGAAGUUUCGAUGGAUGAUCAUAGUGCUUGUGUCUAUCCUUAUGGUUCUGCGCAAGUAGGAUGAGAUAUGAAAGCAGAAAGAAAGAAUACUGAUUUUGUACCAGCCUCUAGUUUCACCAUACCAUACUUACUAUACUAUACAUGCUGAAAUUUACUUUAUGUAUCAUUCCUUUGAUCAUUCUAUCGAUUCUUAUGUAGAAACUCAGUUUGUAUUGAAUAAACGAUAGAACACACACAGGUGGCAGUGUAUUUAUUUGUUUAGACCGCGUUUUUUUUAGUACAUAAAAUAUUUAUAUUCAAUGAUAAUCUUUGCAGUCGAGACUUUAUUUUAGAUGUCAA